UUUACCUUGUGGGACAGGGCAAUUUUUAAAGAAAUCUAGUUUUAAAAUUACAAAAAAAACAGCCUUUUUUUAUUCGAAUUAAUAUAGUUUAAGAGAAUAGUUUUGGGUUUCUUAUUUUGAAAAAUAAAAUAUACGAUCGUCAUCAAAUUUCAAUGAGGGAUAUAAUGCCGAAAAAUGAUGAUGAUCCUCCAAUGUCGCGUCUUUUUGUACUCUGUAGUAAAACCACUACUGAAGAAUCAAUUCGGAACAAUUUUUCUGAAUAUGGCACAAUUGAAGACAUCUGGAUUGUGAAAAAUAAACAAUCAGGAGAAAAUAAGGGAGUUGCUUAUGUCAAAUUUUCAAAGACAAGCGAAGCCGCUGCUGCCCAAGAUGAGUUAAAUGGAAAAACAAUUGAUAAUGAAGAACGUCCAAUAAAAGUAUUAGUAGCGUCAAAUCGAGAGUCAGGUUCAGGAAGAUCAGAAAAUGAAGAAGAGAGAUACUUGCGUUUGUUUAUUGUAGUAAACAAAUCAAUGACAAAAGAAGAGAUACAAAGUGAGUUUGAAGAAUAUGGUGAUAUAGAAUUCGUUACCGUUGUUAAAGAUAAAGUAACAAGAGAAUCGAAGGGUUUUGCAUACGUAAAAUAUAAAAAUUUUAUUGGAGCUGCAAAAGCUUAUGAAAAUUGUCCCCAAAAGUAUAAGGCAGUUUUUGCUACACCCAGAUCAAAUGAUUCAUAUGAAGAUCGCAGAGCACGACCGCUUAAAAGACCUGGAAGAGGAAUGGAUGAUUAUUAUGACGGAGGUUACUCCCGUGAUUCUUCAAGAGGAGGUCGUAAUAGCGGUGGUGGUGGGAGCGGCGGAAUAAAUUCGGGAUUUGGACAUUUUGGUUUAAAUAACAAUAGUAGUGGGGGUUUAAUAAGUGAUAUUUCAAGCUUUGUUAGAAUGAAACAUGAUAAUUCUUCACCUACCACUUUAGAGGUAAUCUGUAGUAGUGCAGUUACUCAAGAUCAACUUUGGCGUUUGUUUGAUGUUGUUCCAGGACUAGACUACUGUCAUAUUACAAGAGAGUUACUGCAAUUUACUGGAGGUCCAAGAAACCAAAACGCAACUGUAGUUUACACCAAUCAAGAUGCUGCAAUAUAUGCAAAAGAAAAACUACAUGGUUUGGAAUAUCCUCCAGGAGAAAGAUUAAUUGUAAGGCUAUCUUCCAUUGAUCCUUGCGAAGACAUGCAAUUUGUGAACCAUCAAUUGUCCAAAGAUUCAUUUUGCAGUGUUCCUUUGCCAUCAGCUAAACCUACCCUUGGAGCGGAUGCAAAAUGUGUCGCACGUUGUUUCAUUGUACUUUCUUCGAAUGUUCCCAUUAUGAUUUUAAAAAAUGUAUUCUGUACAUUUGGCAACCUAAUUGAUGUUUAUCUGUUGCCUAAUAAAAAUUGUGGGUAUGUCAAAUACGCUUCUGAAGAAAGUGCUGAAAUGGCUAUACAAACUUUAAAUGGGGCAGAAAUUUAUGGUGUUCGCAUUAAAGUGAUGACUGCUGAAGAACCAAGAGAAGGAAAGCGGAUUAAAAGUGACAAAAACUUUUAAACAGAAAAGAUUAUAUGUAUUACUAUUGUAUUAUCUAUGACGGGAACUUUGACUUCAACAACCGAAAAAAAAAACUGAUACCAACUAAAUAAUGAAAGAAAUUAAGUAAAAUUAAAGGACUUUAAUGGUACGGACAGGACCUUAUGAACUUAUAUAAUGAACGUUUUUAGAACAAAAUAACAAAAAAUUCAAUCAAUGAACAGAGAUUUAAAAAUAAAAAAUAACCAGAAAUACCUUACUUAAAAAUAAAUAUUUUUGAGCAGUUUAUUUUAACCGCUGGAUGUUCUAUCAGAAAAGACGGACAAACAAAAAAUAGCAUUUUACAAAUAAAACCGAACUGAUUCUAAUACCCGUAUUCAGACGGUAUAUGAAAUUAAAAAAAAAAAAAAAACAGAAAAAGGAAGAAAAUUAUUAGCAUUUUUUUUUGUCUGACACAUAUUUCACCUUUUUAUUAAAUAAUAUAAAUGGCCCUUAUUGUACCUUUUAUUACAAUAAAAACUCUUCAAAUUUUAAAAUAAACUUUUUUGAUUGA